AUGAUAGUAUUCAUUUUCCUGGCUGCGAGGCUAAGCUCAGAAAAUGAGCCCACUUCCCAGACAAAUGACUGUGCAUAUUUAAUGCAGCAAUGCUUAAUUGACAGAAAUGGCUGUGAGCAGUCAUGGAGAUCAUUGGAGGACACCUGCAUUGUUCCAGGUGACUCCUGCAAGAUAAAUAACUCAUCAUAUUGUAAACUGAGUGUCCAGUCUUUGGUGGAAAAAAAUUUCCAGUUUAAAGAGUGUCUUUGUAUCGAUGAUCUCCACUGCACAGUGAACAAACUUUUUGGGAAAAAAUGCAUCAAUCAAACAGAGGAGUCAACUCUGCCUUCCGAUUUAGUGCCAAGGUCAAAUGUCACACGAGGGUUCCAGGGGAAAGAUACAUCUUUAAUGGCUGAAAGGAAGGAUGACUGUGUCACAGCAGCAGAGACCUGCCAGGAAUCUGAGAACUGCUCUCUGCUCCAUGAGAACUUUAAGAAAGCCUGUGGCAAAGGAACAGCACAAUGCCACACCCUUAGUGGUCAACAGUUGUGUGUGGCCCUAAGAGAGAGUCUGAGAGAGACAGUUUUGUGGGACUGUCAGUGCGGUUCCCCUUUAGAAGGAGACUGUAUUCGAAUUUGGAAAAGCUUAUUUGAAGACAUUUGCAUACAGGAUACGCCAAUCAAUCAAAUUCCUACCUUCAGUCAAGACAACCAAGACAAUGAAAAUAGAUUCAAGGAGGGCAUUGCUUCAGGAUUCAGACAGAUGCAGUCUUGUUUGGAAGUGACAGAAGCAUGCGUAGGGGAUGUGGUUUGUAAUGCACAAUUGGCCCUUUACCUUAAAGCAUGCUCAGCAAAUGGAAAUCUGUGUGAUGUGAAACAUUGCCAAGCAGCCAUACGGUUCUUCUAUCAAAAUAUGCCUUUUAACACUGCCCAGAUGUUGGCUUUUUGUGACUGUGCUCAAUCUGAUAUACCCUGUCAGCAGUCCAAAGAAACUCUUCACAGCAAGCCAUGUGCACUGAACAUAGUUCCACCCCCCACUUGCCUCAGUGUAAUUCACACUUGCCGAAAUGAUGAAUUAUGCAGGACACACUAUCGAACAUUCCAGUCAGAAUGCUGGCCCCGUGUGACAGGAAAGUGCCAAGAGGACGAGGCCUGCAUCAGCACACUAAGCAAGCAAGACCUUACAUGUUCUGGGAGUGACAGCUGCAGGGUCGCCUACCUGGGAACCUUUGGGACAGUCCUCCAAGUGCCAUGUGCUUGCAGGAGCAUCACACAGAACGAAGAACCUUUGUGCAUGACUUUCCAGCACAUGCUUCGGAGCAAAUCGUGUUUCAAUUACCCAACUCCUAAUGGCAAAGACAUUUCCUCAUAUAAAAGAAAGCGUUCAAAGGAAAUUAAUCUGACUGGGUUUGCAUCUCCCUUCAAUGGAGAACUAGUUUAUGCUGUCCUGUGCAUGGUAGUUACCUGUGGAAUUCUUUUCUUGGUGAUGCUCAAGCUGAGGAUAUCAAGUAAAAAAAGAGACCCCUCACCUAUUGAAAUAGCUGGAGGUGUCAUCACUCAGUGA